AUGCUUGUCUUCAAAAGCUCCCUAUCAUCUACACCAUCUACCCCCUAUCCAGCCCCUACCUUCUACACCAUCUCCUACCAUUCUACUACACCAUCUACCCCCUAUCUCAGCUCCUACCUUCUACACCAUCUACCCCCUAUCUCAGUCCCCUACCUUCUACACCAUCUACCCCCUAUCUCAUCCCCCUACCUUCUACACCAUCUACCCCCUAUCUCAGUCCCCUACCUUCUACACCAUCUACCCCCUAUCUCAGUCCCCUACCUUCUACACCAUCUAACCCCUAUCCCAGCCCCUACCUUCUACACCAUCUACCCCCUAUCUCAUCCCCCUACCUUCUACACAAUCUACUACCCAUCUCAUCCCCCUACCUUCUACACCAUCUACCUCCUAUCUCAGCCCCCUACCUUCUACACCAUCUACCCCCUACCCCCUAUCUCAGUCUCCUACCUUCUACACCAUCUACCUCCUAUCUCAGCCCCCUACCUUCUACACCAUCUACCCCCUAUCCCAGCCCCUACCUUCUACACCAUCUACCCCCUAUCUCAUCCCCCUACCUUCUACACCAUCUACUCCCCAUCUCAUCCCCCUACAUUCUACACCAGCUACCCCCCUAUCCCAGCCCCUACCUUCUACUCCAUCACCUCCUUUCUCAGCCCUGACCUUCUACACCAUCUACCCCCUAUCUCAGCCCCCUGCCCUCUACACCAUCUACCCCCUAUUCCAGCCCCUACCUUCGACUCCCUUUACCCCCUAUUCCAGCUCCCUACCAUCUACACCAUCUACGCCCUAUCUCUUCCCCCUACCUUCUACACCAUCUACCCCUUAUCUCUUCUACCUUCUACACCAUCUACCCCUUAUCUCUUCCCCCUACCUUCUACACCAUCUACCCCUUAUCUCUUCCCCCUACCUUCUACACCAUCUACCCCCUAUCUCAUCCCCCUACCUUCUACACCAUCUACCCCUUAUCUCUUCCCCCUACCUUCUACACCAUCUACCACGUAUCUCAGCUCCUACUUUCUACACCAUCUACCCGCUAUCUCUUCCCCCUACCUUCUACACCAUCUACCACCUAUCUCAACCCCUUACCUUCUACUCCAUCUACCCCCUAUCUUAGUCACCUACCUUCUACACCAUCUACCCCUAUCUCAGCCCCUACCUUCUACACCAUCUACCACCUAUCUCAACCCCUUACCUUCUACUCCAUCUACCCCCUAUCCCAGUCCCCUACCUUCUACUCCAUCUACCCCCUAUCUUAGUCACCUACCUUCUACACCAUCUACCCCCUAUCUCAGUCAGCUACCUUCUACACCAUCUACCUCCUAUCUCAGCUCCUACCUUCUACACCAUCUACCCCCUAUCUUAGUCACCUACCUUCUACUCCAUCUACCCCCUAUCCCAGUCCCCUACCUUCUACUCCAUCUACCCCCUAUCUUAGUCACCUAG